CGUUGAAGAAACAUCAUCAGUUAGAAGAAAAAAAGUGUUGUAAUUUUGCUACGUGACACAAUGGCAGACAGUUUGAUUUACCGGCAGUACUUCUACAACUAUCAGACACCGAUUCCAAAUCUGGAGUUUGUUCCGUCGACACUGAGCUACAAUCCUCCGCACGAGAUACCGCAAUACAACAGUGAAACGGAAUGGAUGACGGCCAGCCCGGGAAGCUACAGUUCAACGAGUCCGGUUUACUGUGAGACAGUGCAAGAAGAAAUCCUUCCGGAACCGAGCAGCAGAGCAUCCACCGCAGUUCGGACGCUUUCAAACUCCGCCAAAAUACUCAGUCAAAUCGAGCAACAGUUCGAUGACAGCAGUAGUGCGUCGGAUAGUGAUCUACUGAACAACAGUGACAUCCCGACGAAGAUCAAGAUUAAACGGGGUACGGCAGUUCCCACGGUGAUCAAACGGAAACGUCGGCUGGCGGCCAAUGCCCGCGAACGCAAACGCAUGCGAGGGUUGAAUGAAGCAUUCGAUCGACUGCGGGAGCAUCUUCCUUCGCUCGGCAAUGAUCGUCAGUUUUCCAAACACGAAACACUACAGAUGGCGCAGAACUACAUCAUGGCACUCUGUGAUCUGCUGGUGUAGUGAUAUCGAGCACUCUACAGAAAAGCGGAG